AUGGCUACCAAAUUGAGAGCAGCAAAUGCUGCUCACACUGCUGGCAUCUUCGCAGACAUGUCCCUUGACGGACCAGAGAUUGGGACUCUCGUGGCAGUCGUGGACCGAGCGAAGAACCUUCCCAACCGCAAGACAAUGGGCAAACAAGACCCUUACUGUGCCAUGAGACUAGGGAAAGAAGCCAAGAAGACAGACACAGACAAAAGAGGAGGACAGACGCCGAGAUGGGAUCAAGAACUCCGCUUUAAUGUCCACGAUUCUCCUGACUAUUACAAACUCAAGUGCUCGAUCUUCAACGAUGAUAAGAAGACCGACCUUAUUGGCGAAGCCUGGAUCAAUCUCGAGGGAGUCAUCGUACCGGGCGGUGGGAAGAAUGACCUCUGGCAUCAACUGAACUUCAAAGGAAAAUAUGCUGGCGACAUAAGGAUAGAGUUGACCUAUUAUGACACGAGACCGAAACCAGAGGUAUCUCCGGAAAGGAAGAAACAGAGAGAAAAGACUCAUUCUCUCGUCACUGACAUUGCCAGUACCGCUUCUGGCUCGCGUCAACUGGGGCCCCGGGAGAUCAAGAGGAGACCACUCCCACCGGGUCCAGGCGGUUACUCGUCACCGACUUCAGCUGGAAUAACUCCUGAGAGAUUGCCAGUGGACGAGCCUCUUGGUUCUUGGAAUAGUCAAAACUACACAAACAGCAAUCCGCCGCCCCGGCCGCCAAAGCAACCGAUGCCUGAAACGCCUGAUGAUGUAGGCUUCGGCCUGCCAUCUCACUAUUCUCCCGAUCCAUACGCACCGCCACAACCAGAUACAUACGAAACACCACCACCGCCUGUGCAUCACUCACAAGACCAGCAACGGUCUUCCAACAUUCCUUAUAAUGAUGACCGCCGACAAUUACGACUACAAGAAAGCCCCGACUAUUAUUCAACAGAAGAUUACACGACAGCAACUCUGCCCUCGACAGCCCAGCUGCAGCCGUAUGUCACUGACGAGCUGCCUCAAGUAGAGGCUGGACAAGUACCCAGCCCUCAGUCGCCAUACAGCCAGUCAGCCCAGUCGCCAUAUUACUCUCCCCCUUCCAACAGAACCACUCCCCAAGCAACCCCGCCUUGGCCAGCGCAGAACCAGCGCAGGCAGAGCAGAGGGAGUGCGUCGCCCACUAAGCAUGCUGUUUAUCGUGAUAGUCCCUUGCGGCAAUCUAUCAGCCAGCAUGAUAUGACUCGGUCAGAAAACAGACACUUCGAUCCACAAUUUGACGAGGAAGAGCCCCCUCCACCGCCACCCGCCCAUCGUGGUCAUAUAUCCAGAUCCUCUAUGACAACCACAGCCUAUCCACCACCACCUGCUGGUCAGGCCUCACCAAGGACUCCAACCAAGUAUGAAUCUGUAGAUGAAAGAAGCCCUCUCCAGCGGUUGGAGCAACAAUAUGAUACUUAUGGCUCACCUUCCGGGCCAGACAGUACUCGUCAGCAACCUGCCGAUCUAGGAUAUGGAAAGGGACCUGAAGAGAACUACAACCAUCCUCAAGCACGCACACAGCAACGGACACCCGAGAGAUAUGAGGCGUACUCGCUUCCUCCGAAUGUAAGAAGACAACCAUCUAACGACAGCACGGCUCACCGACGUCCCAUUUCGUCAGGCAGUAAUCUGCCACCUUUCGAGGACUAUCAAGGUCAGAGCUCAGUAGACCAAAGGUAUGGUGGAAUGCCACAGGACUCAUUCAGGCGUUCUACUGGGUAUGAUCCUCCACGGAGAGCACAAACUUUUGACGACUAUGGUCACUUCGACGAUCGGCAUCGUGCCUCAGAGCCGCCUAUUUCACGUCCAAGAGCAGUUAGCCCGAAUCCCCCUCGUAACAUCCCACGAAAAUCCAUCACGCCCACACCUGCCACACCGGAGGACCGGAGACAAAUUAGUGGGAUACCUUACGGACCUGAUGCAUAUGACGUGCUAAACCCUGGGACGAGCCCUACCGUCGGUGAUGAUACUUACGGUUCAUCCCAGGAAGCGGCCAGACAGAGAGAAGUGGACAAAUUGAGAGAUCAAGGUCCUAUAAUCGGGAACGAUGGCCGAGUAAUUGACCCUUCCGACCAUCUUCCCGCCGAUACCUGGGCUCCGGAGCCAGAGAGGAAGAACAGGAAACCGGAACAUGUCAUCAGAAUCCGAACGAGAGAAGAGGCACGCAUGCAACAGAAUACAGGUUCAUCACCAGCAUCAAUGAGACCUCACUCAAUUGGAACGUCACCACUUCAAAGUUCGCCCGGAGUGCCGGCUUCCUCCCCAUACACAGCUUCUCCUACAUCAUCAGCGUUGAUGGAGCCUGCUCCCCGUGCAGAACCAGGAAGUUCACGAAACAGACUGAAGAAAUCCAUGCCCACUCGGCCGUUGCCAGCACAGCCAUACCCUCAUGCACAGACUAGCCCGGCUGUGAUGCCUGCUUCUCCUGACGCGAGACCAAGCUCGUCAGGUCAGCGACAUUCAGCUAACUCUUCCCCCAUUCGUCCGCUACAACGACAACCACUGUCAGAGUACCAAUCUCCAGCCAUGUACGACUACGGUUCGCGUGGUGGAUCCAAUUCCCACGAUUAUCCACCGACACCAACCAAGGCUCCUCAUCAUAGACCGAGCAAUUCCAUUAACUAUGGCGGGUAUGGCGAUGACAAUUCGCUUGCAUUGGAAUUAAGCACAAUUGAUAUUGGACCUUCAAGGACAGGCAGGACCUCCUUGAGACCAGUUCAUGGCUAUAGUGCGUACUAG